GUGUGGUUGUUUGUGGCCUCUCCACCUUUGCUUGCUGUAUUUGAUGCUCUCCUAUCUCGUAGUACAGCUAGUGCUUCCUUUCUUGUAGUUGCCAGUUCUGUUGUGCGUGUGUGCCUGCUCUACCUGUCCAGGCAGCAUUCGGGGGUAUCUGGAGCCUUUCUACUUUGUCAGGAAGAAAGCUGUCCUGGACAUAUAUGUAUUUUCUCCUUUUUCAUGGGGACAUGUGUUUUAGAUUUCUUGGGCUCAUAGCUGGAAUUACUGGAAAUGUCAUAGCUGUUUAACCUUUUGGGGUAAAAAAAACUACAAAAUUUCUCCAAAAUGGAACUACAGUACUUGAUUUAUUUUUUACUUUUUAUAUGUAUGGGUGUUUUGCCUGCAUGUGUGUGUGGCCACCACAUCUGUACCUGGUGCCAUCAAAGGUCAGAAGAGAGCCUUAUGGAACUAGAAUUACAGGUGGUCAUUAACUAUCAUGUGGAUUUUGGGAACUAAACCCAAGUCCUCUGCAAGAGGAGGACGUGGAGCCAUCUCUUCAGCCCUGAGUGCUAGACUCUUGUGUUUUAAAUUUCAGGUCCUUUCACGACACUUUACAUUUUACUUAGAAUUUGACUCGUUUAGUGUAAUAUUUAUUACAAAUUCUUUCUGAUUGGGGUCUGAAUUUAUUUUAGUUGUCAGGAGCAAUAUGAUGUUUCCUCACUGAACUACUGCUGAAAGCCAAGUAGUAGAAUCCCAGGAAUCUUUCCUAAUAGGUCUCUGAGGACUAAAAAUCAUUGGUAAUGAUUACUGGCAAUGAAAGACCAGUUAAUUGAAAGGAAGGGGAAAGCUGUAAAGGGGCAUAUUUUACAGAACUUUUAUUUUCCUGUAUGUAGUUGCUGUUGUUGUUUGGAUUGAUUUGUGUUUUGUUUCUAAGAAAAAAAUUUAUCUUUACAGGGGCAAAAUGAAGAACGAAAUUGCUGCUGUUGUCUUCUUUUUCACAAGGCUGGUUCGAAAGCAUGAUAAGUUGAAAAAAGAAGCAGUUGAGCGGUUUGCUGAGAAAUUGACUCAAAUACUUCAAGAGAAAUACAAAAAUCACUGGUAUCCAGAAAAACCCUCAAAAGGACAGGCCUACAGAUGCAUUCGUGUCAAUAAGUUUCAGAGAGUUGAUCCCGACGUCCUGAAAGCCUGUGAGAACAGCUGCAUCCUGUACAGUGACCUGGGCUUGCCAAAGGAGCUUACACUCUGGGUGGAUCCGUGUGAGGUGUGCUGCCGGUAUGGAGAGAAAAACAAUGCAUUCAUUGUUGCCAGCUUUGAAAAUGAGGAUGAGAACAAGGAUGAGAUCUCCAAGAAAGUUAGCAGGGCUCUUGAUAAGGUGACCUCUGAUUAUCAUUCAGGGUCCUCCUCCUCAGAUGAAGACACAAGCAAGGAAGUGGAAGUGAAACCGAGUGCAGUGGCUACAACGCCAAGCCCCGUGUACCAGAUUUCAGAACUGAUAUUCCCACCUCUUCCAAUGUGGCACCCUUUGCCCAGAAAAAAGCCAGGAAUGUACCGAGGGGGUGGCCAUCAGAGUCACUACCCUCCUCCUGUUCCAUUUGCUUAUCCAAGUCCAGGAAGGAAGAAUAAAGCGUUCCGCCCAAUUCCAGUGACAUGGGUACCUCCUCCUGGAAUGCAUUGUGACCGGAAUCACUGGAUUAAUCCUCACAUGUUAGCACCUCACUAGCUCAUUUGAUUGUGCUGAUGUUAUGUUGAUAGAAAGGAAGAAAUGCCUUCCUAGAUACUAAGAGUUCAUACUUGUAGUGAAGUCAGAUGGACAAAACCAUCAGACUUAUUUUUAUAGAAAAGCUAUUGAGAAUAAUCUUUCUUAAAGUAUAUAUAUAUAUGCACUUUAGAUAUAUUGAUAUAGUUUGAGAAACUUUAUUAAAGUUAGUCAAGUGCCUGAGUUUUUAAUAUUGGACUUGAGUAUUUAUAUAUUGUGCAUUGACUCUGUUGGAUACAAAACACUGUAGGAGGGCGAUAUGUUCUAGCACCUUUGAGCAUUUACUUUAUGGAGAAUAUGUAAGUUAUUUAUACAGAAGGACAUCUAUUUUAUGUCACAUAGAAGAAUUGUGUGAAAUCAUGUAGUUGCAAAUAAAAAGUAGUUUGAGGCAUGACA